AUGAAGUUCUUCGCCGUCCUCGCCUCUUCCGUCCUUGCUCUGUCCUCUGGCGCUUACGCCUGGACCCAGGAUGCCAACGGAAACUGGGUUGCGAACAACAACUGGUAUACCAUCAGGAACACUCGUGUGCAUGAAGCAUGCACCAUCAUGAACGACGGCGACACGAUCCUGGUUAACCAGGGCUGCAUCUACUGGACCGACGGUGCUGGUGGCCAGUUCCAUGGAACAUGCCGCUCGUCCGGCGGGACCGUUGCUUGCUCUUAA